AAGUGGGGAGGCAGAUGUGCUGCAGGCUGGGCUCCCAGCUCCAUCCCCGCAGCCCUGCACCCGCUGCCCCUUCCCCGCAGCCCUGCGCCCGCUGCUCGCCUCUGCCCUGCAGCCGCUGGCUUGGAUGUGCGGGCUGGAGUUUUCUGGGAAACUGAUGGCUUCGGUCCAGACUCCGCACUGAUGGCUCUGAUCUCCUUUGCUGUCCCCUCGACCCCCAGCCUGGGACCCUCAGCCGCUUUGUUAGGAGUGGCGAUGCUCACUUCCCUCCUGGCAGGCUGUGCCACCCACCGCCUGACACCUUGAAGUGUUUUCGCAUCCUGUGUCUGUGUCUCGCUGGGUCAUUGGGCGUGCUUGGUCUGAAAGUUCCCUCAGCUUCACUGAUAACCUCUAGGACUGCUGUCUCUUUGGCUUUCUGGUCUUCAUCACCCCUAUUCUUUGGCCAAAUCCUAUUCAGACAUUGCUCUCAGCUAGUUCUGCCCCUUCAGAGGCGUUGAGAAGAGUGGACAGCUUCACGUGGAGAUAAGGGCAGAGAUUGCCCUUGUUCAAUAGGAUACUGACUGCAGUGGGAACAGUUUGGGAGCCAUGGGCAAUCGGUUCAUCCGUGGUCUCUCUGGAGCUGCAAUCUUCCUUGUCAGUGUGGCUCUCCUCUCUGUGCGGCACCAUGAGACUCUGGAAACAGCUCGGUAUCCAGAUCUCAGUAAGGGGAUGUCGGAGAAGCCAGGGCAACGCAGCAAGGCAAGUCCAGAAGAUGCCACAGGAGGCAUGGGCAGGGGGCAGAAGGACCUGCAAGUCCACCCUCUGGAGGGAUACAAAACCGAAGGAAGCCUGACUCUUGGGGACAUUUUCAUAGCUGUGAAGACAACAAAGAGAUUUCACCAGAGCAGGAUGGAGCUGCUCCUGGACACGUGGAUAUCCCAGGCCAGAGAGCAGACUUACGUCUUCACCGAUGAAGAGGAUGAAGCCCUGAGAAGGAGAAUGGGUGAUCAUGCGAUCUUCACCAACUGCUCUGCUGAGCACAGCCACCCAGCCCUCUCCUGCAAGAUGGCCGCAGAGUUCGAUGCCUUCCUGGCCAGUGGCAGGAGCUGGUUUUGCCAUUUGGAUGAUGACAACUACCUGAACCCUCAUGCCCUCCUGAAGCUCUUGUCUUCCUACUCUGCAUCGUGGGACAUUUACCUGGGAAAACCCAGCCUGAACAGACCCAUCCGGGCCUCGGAAAUGCUGCCAAACAACCAGACGAAACCUGUGCGCUUCUGGUUUGCCACAGGAGGGGCUGGGUUCUGCAUCAGCCGCAAGCUGGCAAGCAAGAUGGUGCCAUGGGCCAGUGGUAGGAACUUCCUGAGCACUUCAGAACUCAUCCGCCUGCCAGAUGAUUGCACUGUGGGUUACAUUAUUGAGUGCAAAGUCGGUGGACAGCUGCUGCCCAGCGCGCUCUUCCACUCCCACCUGGAGAACCUGCAGCUCAUCCCCCUGUCUCGGCUCUCUCAGCAGGUCACCCUCAGCUAUGGUGUCUUUGAGAAUAAGCUCAAUGUUAUUGAACUCAGUGGCCCUUUUUCACCCCAAGAGGAUCCCUCAAGGUUUCGAUCACUCCACUGCCAUCUCUACCCUGACACCUCCUGGUGCCUGCAGGCUGUUAGCUGGUGAUGCCUCAGCUACAGUGCAUCCUGGUGACAUCUAUUCAUCUUGUGCACGUAGGGCGUGGGACACUGAAGAAGCUUGGUGCUCCCAGUUUCCCCUUUUCUGUGGUGGUCUUGGAGCUGUGUGAUGGCUCUUUUCAUCCUUACUGAAUACUGGUGACACAGAACAAGAGACCAGAUCUGUCCCAAAGAUCAUGGGCUGGACACGUAGAUGGGCUUCCCAUCCGUACUGGGAUACAUGCAAAGGAUGGGAGCAGUAUACCUUCCUGAGCAGAUUAUGGACUGCCUAGUGAUUGAUGAACAUCUGGGUAGAGAUGGCAACCAGCUGCUGUUCCUUUCUGUGGGUUUAUCUCGCUGGACUAGAAAGGCCCUGGGUAUGGGUAACCAGUGCCCAACUGAGGAUAGCUGAUAAUGUGUCAUGGCUCCAGCCUCUCUGAGCAGGCCCUCUUCCUCCAUAUUUGCCUGUGCUUUCCUAACUGCCCACUCUUCCCUGCCACAUCCCUUUGGCUGAGUCUCUGCUUGGUCAAGGUCUAUUGAAAUGGAAAAAGGGACCAUUUCUGCGCUGGAAAAGGCAUAAUGCUUGCCUGGCAGAGUGGAGAUGGGCAGGAAGAACAAAGAGUAAGGAAUCACCCUCUCUGCCCGGAGGAAAGAGAGGGUAUGUGGUGGGGAAGCCAGAAGGAGACAAACAGACAGGAGGAUGGUUCCUGCACUGAACAUUGAAGUCUUGAUCAUGUAUGGUUUUGCAUUAUUCCUUUUUACCUUCUUGAUGUGGGGUCUGGAUAAUCUCUCACUCUAAUUACUAACCUGUCGUCUGAGAUUAGACUCCAACUCCUACCUGUGAGAGAGGAGACAAAGGAUUAGGACUGGCUGAAAGAGAGGAGAAAGGAAGAGAUGGAGAAAGAGCACUCAGGAGGGGAUUAGAGGUUAUGGCUUUAUAAUCUUCUCUGUGCCCUGACCAAAAAAAUUAAGUUAUGAAGGAAUGGAAACAGCAGGGCAAAGAGCUUUUUAUCUCUGUGUUUCUUUCCUCCAGAUGCUGAGAGCAUCUUUCUGCCUUCCUGCUGUCCCUGCUGAGCACAACAGGGGGAAGGAGCAGGCCCAAAUAGGUUACAGGCUUUCUGGCAUAUUUCUGGAGUACAGAGCCUAGCAUUAAAGGUGGGCAAUUCUGCUUGCAGGGGAGUGAACCUUGGUACCAUUUUGGCACAUGGAUAAACGGCUGGGGAAAAUCGUUGCAGGGAAGGCUGGAAGGCAAAGAGACUGGUUUAAAUGGCAGGUGGUGCCACAAACAGGUAUUUCUCAUUAAAAAGCCUUUCAAAACGCACUGCUGAGAUCUGUGAAAGAUUCCUGUAAUCUCCAGAUGAAAGGACAAAUGCCCUUUCUCUGAAGAGCUGCUCAGCUUUGAUGCUGUUGAUGUGACUAAGCCUGCUGCUGGUGGGCUGGAGGAGCCAAGGGCGACUAUCACUGUACCUCUACCAUUUUGAAAGCUGGCCACCCUGUCGCCUCCUCCCACCCACCCAAGCCCCAGCAUCUCCUACACAGUAGACAAAAGAUUUAAAGGAAAGGCAUCAGAAAGACCUUCCACCUCUGCAAAUGGAGAUCUAGAAAUGAAUGAGUUCUUUAAUUUCUGGAGAAGCAGAAUGUGGGAGCCUGUAGAGCUGUGUUCUAGCCUGGUCAGUCUUACCAGCAUUUAAACCAGCUUGUGAAGCAGCAGAGAGCUCUGCUUUCUUCUCUUGCACAGCAUACCUUUGAACUGGAAAUUCGUCCUAAGCAGGGACAGGGGCUAGCUGAUGCCAAUGACCAUUGCUUGAGCCCAGCAAAGCACUUGUCUUGUACAGCUAUGCAACCUUGGAGCUGUGUGGCUAACUACAGAGGCACUCAACUACUGGAAGGUAGAUGCGGCAUAAUGUCCUUCCCCACAGGGCAAAUGAUUUGGUUUGAACUUGACCACAAGAUGAAGAAUGUUUCCCUGAGAAGUGAGAGUCUUCAAGAGAAAUGUACGCUACCUGGAUAUCUUCUUACUUUCCCAUUCAAACGCUCAGCUGUGUUGUUAAUUGAGUCUUUCAGCUGGUAGAUGUCCUGGUGACAAUCAAGGCAAAAUGUGAGAAGGAAGGAGAAGAAAUUGAUAGAGCAGACGCCCUUCCUUGGGGAAAAGCAACACAGAGAAACUGGAAGCCUGCUUUGGAUCCUGUCCUCAGCUGGUCUGAAAUGGCCUGGUGCCUUUUGCAUGGCUGAAGAUCAGAUGUUAAACUGGUUGAGUCCAUGAGUGGCUGCAUGGGGACUGGUUUAGGACUGGGUUUCGUUGCUGGAGCAGUUAAGUGCCACUUCUGUGGAAAAUGUCUUAUCUCAUAAAGAAACUGAGAACAGAUGAGAAGAUGUCUGGGGCAGGGCAUCUCUUGGGUUGUGGAGACGAAUGACAGAAAAAUCUUGUUACGCCUGUGACGACAAUGCGCUGGAAAGAAAAUAGCUUCUCAGAGUCGACAAAAGAAACCAGGUUUUCACUAAGAACAGAGAGACAGCUUAAGGGGACAUUCACCACAUGAAAUCUGAUCAAUGUUAAAACCUGAGUUAAAAUUAGUUUCAGGAAUGGUUCCUGCCCCUGGGGCUUGCUGUCAGAUGUUGUGGUUUUACAGUCUCAUUUUCCUAGUUUAUUAAAAUGUUUAGCUGCUUGGGAAAAUGAGAAACAAUCUCACGUGAAGCUUUUCAGAGGAGUGUCUUUUUUUAUUCUCCUUCAUGAUUUUCUGAUGUAACUGUUAAAAGUUUUUGGAAAGGUUCCACUGCAUCUAUGAAUUUUUUUUCUUUCUCUUUUUCCUUUUUUAUAUUUCUUUCUCCUUCUCUCUCUUACAUCCUCUUUUCUUAUUGCAGGAAAAGAAACCCUAUCCCAAAAAUAAAGAGGGAUGGAGACAUGGUCGUUUUAUUUUACUGGGAAAAAUGGGGUCAAAGUCAAAGGUGUUGGCAUGAUCCUGCUGUUGUACAACAUGAAGUGUAGUUCAAUGUUUCAAGGAGAGAGACCUCCAUCUGCCCAACACCAUAGCAACCAGCACUAUUAAUGAUGUUUAAGCUGUAUACUGAAGAUUCAAAAAAAGGAGAGGGAGGGGAAAAAAAGCAGUUACAGUAUUUGAAAUGUAAAGUAUUAAGUGAGGCUUUCAUGUUAACAAUAUCAUUUCUUCACUUUCCUCUUAGCUGUAAAGAAUUUUUAUAAGGAAACCCCUACUUGACAGUGCAAAAAAUGCUAAUGACUCUCCUUUCUUUAGGGAGAAAAGAGAAGUUAGUUGAAAUAGGUGGGAAAUUGCAGUUGUUGCUAAAAGCUUGAAGGGGAGAGAGAAGAAUAGCAACGCUAGGCAAUGUUUCUGUCUCUGGUGCCAACUCCUUUUAACAGCUCUGCUGCUGAAGAAAAACAGAUUUCUAAACCACUAUGUGAUUUACCCAACUCAUACCCCUAUUCCAGCUUUCAGCUUUCUCCCUAGCCCUCUUGCUAAAGAUGCAGCCUUCAAAAGAUGAGCAGUUUAUUAAACAGAAGCCAGGAGGUGAAAAGUAGGAGCAAGAAGAAAGGAGACUGGAAGGAAAGAAACCACCAAGCAGGGCUGUGGAGGAGAGGGUGAGAAUUUAAGCUGUAUGUUGAAAGUGCUAUUUGGGAACUGCCCAGCAAUAGUGGGAAAAAUGGUUUUGUGUAUACAAUGGAAUUGUAGCCCACCAGUGCCAGAGAGGAUGCCAGCCUGUGAGUCAGAAUUCACCUUGGAAGGGUUGAGAUCAGGUUGGUUGGCCCCAAACUUCCUUCUUCCUUUUUUUUUUUUAAUAUCACUCCAGAUAAGGUGAUGUGUUUUCAUCAAUUCCUUACAGCAGACUUGGCCUAUUAAUUUGGAGGCUUCCUCUGCACUCAUUUACCGUGCAGACUCUUCAGAGAGUCCAGGGGUGGGAUUAGCAGUUCUUUUCCUUCAUUUGUUUAAUUUCUUUUGUUUUCAGUCUCUGAAAAACCAUAAAAGACAGCUGGCUUGCCCUUUUGCACCACUGGCCACCUAGGCUCUCCACACCGGAGCACACUUCUAGGGUGGAGGCAAAGAUGAAGGAGGGUGACUGACUCCUCCAUGUGGUAACUGCGUGAGCACAGAGAGGUGUGAACUAUCCUUAUGUUCUUCCUUGAAGCACCUGCUAGCAGCUGGUGCCGGAGUUGGGAUCUCAUACUAACUGGGACUUUAUUCUAUCCCAAAUGCCAUUACGUUUAUGGCUCCACUGAAGAGGAUGCGUUACCAUAGACAGAAGCGAGGCCAGGAAGGAGAGCAGCAUCACAAAUAUACAAAUAACUAUGUCUAUUCUUACCAGCUGAUGCAGGAAUUCUCCCUUUCAACUUUCUGCCCAAUUACCUGGAAGGUUAAAGGAGUGCAGGGCUGAGCUGUUGUAAUUCAGCUGGCAUUGCCUCUUUAAGGCGGUUCCUUGACAGCCUGAGAUUUUUUUUUUUCACUCUCUGAUCCAGCUUGGACUCCAAGAAAGCUGGGAACUCAUCUCUCUCCCUGUUUGGAAUGUAUAUGAUUAAUUACAGAUCCCAAGAAUGGGCUCCUUGCCUAUCUCUCAUGUUUAAAUUGUCUUCCAGGAUUUUGCAAGGCUAAGGAGCCUUUUCAGCUGUUACAUCGGGCUGUGCCUUGGUCAAGCCUCCCUUGGUUUCACUGGAAGCUGCAUCUGAUUCACAACGAACUUUGAGAACAAAUUAAACUGGGUGCUUUGUAUGUGGAUUUGAUGGCCCCGACUCUUCUGCCACUGCCUGAGAAGAAGAUAGUGUUGAUUUUAACAACACAGGGGAAAGAAGUGCAACUAAACAGGGCAAUUGGAUGGGGAGAGAUGCUUCUAUUCUGAAGCUGUGCUUUCCCUAUCACACACCCUGAUGCGGGGCACAGGGAGAAUCUGCAGCUGGUGCCUUUGUCCAUGAUGUAUCAGGUGGAGGAUAUGCCAUGAAAUACCCAGCAUUUGCACUGGCAAGGAGUCCAGCAACCCCAGUUGUGAGCUGAGGCCAUCUUGUACUUGGUGAUGAACAAAGAGAAAAAUGGUGCCUUCCCUGAAGCACUCAUGAGCAGAGGCAGGGGGAGGAAGGAAGAGAGAGCUUACAGGAUCCAUGAGAUAGUAUUGUCACAUCUAAGCAGAGGG